UGCGCGUGAGUCCUUGUGUGAACAUGUUCCCGAGUCCUUAACUCCGUUGUGUACGUACGGAGCCGUAUGCAUCUGUUCACUGUUUCUUGCUAUUGUUCUCUGCAGAGCGCGAACUCCGAUCCUUGCAGGGUUUGUCUCCUAUACAACGCCUCAAUCUAAACGGAUCAGUAACCAAGCUUAGAUACAGCUUAAAUAACCUAGUUUAUUAGGUUUUCCUCUCUGGAGGUCCAUUCUUCUCCGGAACCUUCGACAAAGGACAUUGCUUGGUUUGCAUUUGUAAGAAAAUGUUGCCUCUUUCACUGCUAAAGACCGCACAGGGACAUCCCAUGUUGGUGGAGCUCAAGAAUGGAGAAACUUACAAUGGGCAUUUGGUGAAUUGUGAUACUUGGAUGAACAUUCAUCUUCGUGAAGUAAUUUGUACCUCGAAGGAUGGAGAUAGGUUUUGGAGAAUGGCAGAAUGUUACAUCCGUGGAAAUACGAUUAAGUAUCUUCGAGUCCCGGAUGAGGUGAUUGAUAAAGUGCAGGAGGAGACCAAGAGCCGCACAGACAGAAGACCACCUGGAGUAGGUCGUGGAAGGGGAAGAGGUAGGGAGGAAGGUGCUGGUGGGAGACAAGCAAAAGGAAUAGGGCGUGGUAUAGACGAUGGAUUUGCCAAAGGCACAGGCGGUGGGCGUGGCAAAGGAGGCAAAGGCGGGGGACGUGGCCGUGGUUAAUCUAAAUGUACUGCUUAAGCAUAAGUGAUUUGAUUGGGGGUUUAAUAGACCACUUUUGAGUCCAACUAUUUGUGGACGAGCACGAGAUGUAUGCUAAGAAGCAAGACUGAAGGCCAUUGAUGUGGUUGAUGAGUAUUAUUAGGAAGGAAAAGGUUGCUUCAAAAACACAUAUUCAGAAUAUCUGUUGAUUUUAGUAGGUUGCAUUGUGCAAAAUAUAUCUUUGGAGUUUCUUUUGUCAAUGUCGUUCUUAUGAUUUCACAAAUCAAUGCAUCUACUGUAAAAGAGUUAUUUGUACAAUGUAAUGAGUCAAUUAUCAUUUGUUGGUGCAAUUCGUAAAGAAAGAAUACGUCUGCUAGAAUUUGGAAGAAA